AUGGGUGGUGGAGUGUGUGUAACCGGUAAAGUGAAAGGUGUGAGGACACAUGCAAAUGGAAGUCAGGAAGCCCACAGGUACCAGACCUGUGGUGUGCAGAGGAGUAAGAACUGUGGGCAUGCAGAAGCUAUGGGGUUGAGCAGUUCAGUCUUUGCCAAGGGUCACAUUGAGCUGCAAGAAGCUUCUGGAGUGUCUUUAAGAGUCUGCAGUGUGGCAGAAGACAUCAAGACCAAAAUCAAGAAUUACCAGUCUGCCCCUUUUGCUAGUGGUUUCCUCAACUAGAAUCAGACCAGGAACUGUUAGCAGAACUACCUGGACUUCCAUUGCUGUGAUAAGGCAAUGACCACUAAAGUCGGUGAUGUCUCUGUGAGCGAAUGGUACCAGCAUGUGUACAUGUCCCUUUGCCCCAUAUCCUGGGUGUUGGCUUGGGGUCACCACUGGGCAGAAGGCACAUUCUCUGGGAAGAUCUGA